UGGUGUAAGUAGACCCCUCGGCUUCUGUUCUCUGAACCUUGUGGACGAGACCCCAUCCAGAAACUCAACAUGUCUGUUCUCAAGAUCCAAGCAAGAGAGAUCUUCGCCUCUCGUGGAAACCCCACUGUUGAGGUUGAUCUCCACACUGCAAAAGGUCUCUUCCGAGCUGCUGUGCCCAGUGGUGCUUCUACUGGCAUCCAUGCAGCCCUGGAGCUCCGAGACAAUGAUAAGACCCGCUACAUGGGGCAAGGUGUCUCAAAAGCGGUUGAGCACAUCAAUAAAACUAUUGCCCCGACCCUGGUUAGCAAGAAACUGAAUGUUGUGGAACAGGAGAAGAUUGACAAUUUGAUGAUUGAGAUGGACGGCACCGAGAACAAAUCUAAAUUUGGUGCAAAUGCCAUCUUGGGAGUGUCUCCAGCUGUUUGUAAGGCCGGCGCUGCUGAGAAAGGUGUCUCCCUCUUCCGGCAUAUUGCUGACCUUGCUGGCAAUGAUGAAGUUGUCCUGCCAGUUCCAGCCUUCAACGUGAUCAAUGGGGGCUCCCAUGCUGGUAACAAGCUGGCCAUGCAGGAGUUCAUGAUCCUCCCGGUUGGUGCAGCAAAUUUCAAGGAGGCCGUGCGCAUUGGAGCUGAGGUCUACCACAACCUGAAGAGUGUGAUUAAGCAGAAAUAUGGACAGGACGCCACCAACGUAGGGGAUGAGGGUGGCUUUGCUCCUAACAUCCUGGAGAAUAAGGAAGCUCUGGAGCUGCUAAAGAAUGCCAUUGGUAAGGCCGGCUAUACUGAUAAGGUCGUAAUUGGCAUGGAUGUGGCUGCCUCAGAAUUCUUCCGAUCUGGGAAAUAUGACUUGGACUUCAAGUCACCUGAUGAUGCCAGCAGAUACAUCUCCCCUUCUGAGCUUGGCGAUCUCUAUAAGAGCUUCAUCAAGAACUAUCCAGUGGUGUCUAUUGAAGAUCCCUUUGAUCAGGAUGAUUGGGAAGCUUGGAAGAAUUUCACUGCUACUGCUGGUAUCCAGGUGGUGGGGGAUGAUCUCACUGUGACCAAUCCCAAGCGCAUUGAAAAGGCUGUGAGUGAGAAGGCCUGCAACUGCCUCCUACUCAAAGUGAACCAGAUCGGCUCCGUGACUGAAUCUCUCAAGGCGUGCAAGCUGGCCCAGUCCAAUGGGUGGGGAGUAAUGGUUUCUCAUCGUUCUGGGGAGACUGAAGAUACCUUCACUGCAGACCUGGUGGUGGGUCUCUGCACCGGGCAGAUCAAGACUGGUGCCCCCUGCCGAUCUGAGCGUCUGGCCAAGUAUAACCAGCUUCUCAGAAUUGAGGAAGAGCUGGGCAGCAAGGCUAAAUUUGCUGGAAGGAACUUCAGAAACCCCCGGGCCAAGUAAACUGGCCAGAAAGCCUCAGAGCCAGCAGGCACGAGUC